AUGUUUGUGCCGCAUCGUAUCUUGCCAUGGCGCCUCCUGGCUUUGCCCGCGCAGGCGCGUGCUUUCUCUUCGACUUCGCGUCGUCUUGACAUCAGGCACGUGUCCGAGCUUCCCUCGCGCACCAAGCCGUCAUACAUACAGUCGUCCAACACGCUGCUGAGCCUGCAAUGGCCCUCGCCGCCGCGCAACAUCCUCGUCACCAAGAAGAAGCGCACACCAAACAUCACCGAGUCGGUCAUUGAAUUCACAUCGCACAUACGCUCCACUUACCCAUCCAUCAACGUCAUCUUCGACCCGGACACGGCCCAAGAGCUGCACGAGCAGCUGUCGUUUCCCGUAUACACAUACACCCAGAGUCAGGGCGCACCACACCAUCUUUCGGAUAAAACCGACUUGGUCUGCACGCUUGGAGGCGAUGGAACGCUGCUGAGGGCCAGUAGCUUGUUCAGCCAUGCGGAUAACGUACCUCCAGUCCUGAGCUUCGCCAUGGGCACCAUCGGCUUUUUGGGCGAGUUCAAGUUCAGGGAAUACAAAAGAGCAUUCCGAGAGGUGUACAUGAGCGGUGCGCCCGACACGUACUCUACCCUGUCCGAUUCACUAGGAACGAGUCCUCCUACUCCCCCAACCUCGCCAGACGAUCCUUUGGAUAAGCCACUAAGCUAUGCCGACAUACGCGGCAAGGCUAUGGGCAGCAACAGAACAGCGCGCAUCUUGCUGCGUAACAGACUGAAGGUCGGCGUCUUCGGGCCCGACGGGAAAAGGAUAGGCGGCAUCGAGGGCCAGGGCGACACGUACGCACUGAACGAGGUUACCCUCCACCGUGGCUCCAGCCCGCAUCUGAAGAUCAUCGACGUCUACAUCAACAACCGCUUUCUUACCGAGGCCGUCGCCGACGGCAUGAUCAUUAGCUCGCCAACCGGGUCGACAGCAUAUUCGCUAUCUUCUGGAGGGAGCAUUGUGCACCCUCUCGUAUCAUCCAUAUGCCUUACGCCCAUCUGCCCUCGAUCGCUUUCCUUUAGACCACUGGUGCUCCCUGCUGAGACACCAAUCACGUUGCGCUUAGGCAAGAAGAACCGCGGUCGCGAAGUCGAGGUCAGCAUCGACGGGAAUACAAUCACCGAGAAGCUGGGCACGGGUAUGGAAGUCCGAAUAGGCGGCGAGGUAGUCAAGCGAGACGCUCGAGGUUGGGAAGGUGGCGUACCCAGCAUCGUACGUGGUACGAAUGGCAAGGAAGACAUGGCUGAGGAUCAUUGGGUUGGUGGGUUGAACGCUCUCCUCAAGUUCAACUACCCAUUCGGUGAUCAGGAGUCUUAG